UCUUUUAUCUGUUUCUUGUUGUCUCUCUCUUUCUUUAUCUCUCAUAAACCGCCAACAUACAUGCUCUUCAUAAAUCAGCAAAGCCUUAAAGUUGCUUGUGUGUUCGAAGAGGACAACUUUUCCUUUAUUAUUUUUCUCACUGAGUUUCAGUUAAAGUAGCUACCUAGAGGGAAUUCUGCUGUUCUCCAUCGUUAAAGCAGGAAAGUUUUUGUUCUGAUCUCAAUCGAGCGGCUGUUAUAUAAAAGAGAGAGAUGCUUGGUUGUGGAGUGUUUGGAAUUGAAGGCCUGGUAAAGUUUGAUGAAGAAAGAUAGCAAUAGCAUCAUCAAAUCAAAGGCAUAUCAGAAAGGAAGUAGCGAUGAAUAAGAUGAGCAAGUUGAGUUGUGUUAGGAGCUCUGAUCUGAUAGAUGCAAAGCUGGAAGAGCAUCAACUGUGUGGAUCCAAACAGUGCACCGGUUGUGGUCACAAAUUUGAAGGGAAGCCGGACUGGCUAGGUCUUCCGGCGGGAGUGAAAUUUGAUCCAACAGACCAAGAACUCAUAGAACAUCUUGAAGCCAAAGUCGAAGCAAAGAACAUCAAAUCACACCCUCUCAUAGAUGAGUUCAUUCCCACUAUUGAAGGAGAAGACGGGAUUUGUUACACCCAUCCUGAGAAACUUCCAGGAGUGACAAGAGAUGGGUUAAGCAGACACUUCUUCCACAGGCCCUCAAAGGCUUACACAACAGGGACACGAAAGAGGAGAAAGAUUCAAAACGAAUGCGACUUGCAAGGAGGGGAAACCCGAUGGCACAAGACAGGUAAGACAAGACCGGUGAUGGUCAAUGGCAAACAAAAGGGUUGCAAGAAGAUUCUAGUGCUCUACACCAACUUCGGCAAGAAUAGAAAACCCGAAAAGACUAACUGGGUUAUGCACCAGUACCAUCUGGGCCAGCACGAGGAAGAAAAAGAAGGAGAGCUCGUGGUUUCAAAGAUAUUCUACCAGACACAACCGAGGCAGUGCAAUUGGUCAGAUAGAAGUGCCACAACUGGUGAAGCAAGUGGAGAACAACAACCCAACAAUAAUGGAACAAGAGACAGCGGAAGUGGGAGUUGUUCUUCUAAGGAAGUUCUCACUCACAGAGAUGAAAUGCCUGCUAUCGUUGGAGUCCCUCAAAUAACAACCUUCAACACUUCCUUGGACAUUCAACAACUCAAAUCCGACCAUUUUAGCUUCAUUCCAUUCAGAAAAAGCUUCGAUGAGGUUGGAAUAGGAGAAGCUUCCACGGGAGUGCAAGCAUCAAGGUCGUGUGAGGAAGUACAUGAAGGGCAUAAUAUUGUAGCACAUCAUCAUCAUCAUCAACAACAACAGCAGCAAAAUCAGCAUGCGCACCAACAAAUUGCAACCACAGCCUUCCAUAUCAGUAGGCCUUCGCAUCCCAUCUCGACCAUCAUCUCUCCUCCACCCCUUCACCACGCAUCCAUCAUCCUAGACGACAACGCCUACCAUGUCUCAACGAUCAUGCUUCAAAAUGAAAACUUCCAGCAGCAGCACCAUCAUAAACUAGGAGGAAGGUCUGCGUCUGGUUUGGAGGAACUCAUCAUGGGGUGCACUUCAACUGAUAUCAAAGAGGAGUCAUCCAUUACAAACCAACAAGAGGCUGAAUGGUUGAAAUACUCUUCUUACUGGACAGACCCUGGCAACCUGCACGAUCAUCAUGAGUAGGAGGAGACAAAGAAAAAAAAAACCACAAACAAGACAACAUCAUUGUGGACAUCAUUAAUACUUGAAGCAUACAUAAAGUUUCUUUCAACAAAAAACCAAGUAAUGAGAUGGAUGGCUUGCUCAUUUUCUUUCAUUUUCGAACGGUGCAAGUUUGUGAUAAGCUUUGGUGGCUCUCAUCGGAAUUAACUGUGUGCAACGGAACAAAUUGGAAAGAAAGGGAGAAGGAAAAAAAGGGGAAAAAGAAAAGAAAUCGAAACAAAGCUGCUCUUCCUCCUGACACAUGGUGAGGGUAACGACCAAAAGAAACAAAGAUACGCACCUUGCUGCAUAAAAAUCAUCACUAAUAUGAUUACAGUAUCAUCCCUCUUAUAAUAUUCACAUUAUUUUAUUAUUUAAAGAUGUUUGUAUUACUUCACAUUCCCCGUUUUUCGCCCAAUUUCAUACCAAUGAGUUUUAGCAAACUAGGACCACCUGGUUUGCUCGAGUCAUAUACAUAUAUAUAUUAGGUAUUCCAUAUAUAGUUUAAGAUAAGAUGAUAUUUUUACAUUUAAGUUCGUUGUUAGAGAAUCUUCUACCAAACGAUUCAUAUAUUUU